GCAAAAUCAUUUCGAGCUUUGCAGGGAGGCAAGGAAGCGCUGGGAUAAAAUUAGUGCACUAAAAGUUGUCUAUAUGGAAUCCAUUUUGACUUUAUAAGGUCCUACGUGGCAGUCUGAUAUUGGAAGGUUCGCUCACAUGGGAUUCAGGGGGAGCUUGUGAGGGGAAUUCAGACUUAUUUCGCGAGGAAGGAGAAUGUAAAGUCUCUGACUGGAGGGCUGUGACUAGUGUGGGGGUCCCACCGAUCCAUGUCGGCAUUUUUGGUAUUUAUUAUAAAUGAUCGUUGUCAUCUGCUUUUCUCAAGAUGGAUAGUCCUGGAUGGAAAAGCAAAUUGCAGAUUGCAUAUGCCCUUGGUAUUAUUUGCAACAUGCUACCUUAUCCAGUUGCACAAGGAGCUAAAAUAUUGGUUGUACCUGUGGAUGGAAGUCAUUGGGUUAAUAUGAAAAGUCUGGCAGCAGAACUGAAACUCCGUGGACACAAUAUCACAAUGCUUUACUGCUCUUCAUCCUGGUAUAUGAAUGAAAAUCCUGAUCUCUAUCAAUCCAUUGUUGUUCAAAUUCAAGAAAAAAAUGACAAAUCUGUGCAAAAUAUGAUUGAAAGCACUGUGGAACUGUCAUUGAAGAGGUUACAGAAUGUUGGGACGCUUUGGGACCAUAUUAUGUUCCUAAAUUUCAUGAAGGAUGUUGUAUAUAUUUUUCACAAAUCAAAUCAAGCUUUUGGUAUUGCAAUUUUUCAAAACAAAACCAUGUUAAGACAACUUGAAAGUGCAAAUUUUGACUUAGUACUUACAGAUCCUGCUUUUGGUACAGGACCAAUGCUUGCUCAUUAUUUAAAAGUCCCGCUGGUGCAUGAUGUUCGAUGGCAGUUAAAUGGGGAAGCUCAUUUCCUCUCUGCUCCAUCACCACUUUCCUAUAUCCCAAUUUCUGGCACACAUUUGACGGAUAAUAUGAAUUUUCUCCAAAGAACAGGAAAUGUCAUGUAUAAUUUUUUUCAGAUUCUGUUUGUAGAAUUUGUUGUAUACCCAAUUUAUAAUGAAAUCUGUCAUCAAUAUCUCGGACCAGAUACAGACAUUCAAACUAUUAUCAUGGGGGCUGAUGUGUUGCUGAUGAGAGUCGAUUUUGUAUUUGAAUUCCCAAGACCCACUAUGCCAAAUAUUGUCUACAUUGGAGGCUUCCAGUGUAAACCAGCCCAACCACUAGCGGCAGAGUUUGAAGAGUUUGUCCAAAGCUCAGGGAAGCAUGGACUUAUUGUGAUGUCAUUGGGGACAUUUGUAGGUUCCUUGCCAAUGAAGUUUACAAUGGAAAUAGCUGAGGCAUUUGCUCAAGUACCCCAGAAGGUGAUUUGGAGAUACGAUGGAGAAAUCCCUCCCAAUGUAGGUAAUAAUACAUUACUGACAAAAUGGAUCCCUCAGAAUGACCUUCUGGGACACCCCAAAACACGAGUCUUCAUUUCUCAUGGUGGUACCAAUGGCAUUUACGAAACCAUCUACCACGGGGUGCCAAUGAUUGGCAUGCCUCUUAUUUUUGACCAGUUUGACAAUGUAGUCCGACUUGAAUCCCGAGGUGCAGCCAAGAUGUUUAAUGUCGCAAACAUGCAUUCAGCAGAUCUAUUACAGGCACUUAAUGAGGUGAUAAAUGGCACAUUUUACCGGGACAACAUGAAGAAACUCUCUGCCCUCCACCGGGACCAACCACAGUCGCCAAUGGAGCGAGCUGUUUUCUGGAUUGAGUAUGUUGCCCGACACAAAGGAGCAGGGCAUUUGCGUUCUGAAUCCUACCGACUGCCCUGGUAUGUUUACUAUUGUGUGGAUGUGAUGGUCUUACUGUUGUCCAUGUUACUCAUGGCAAUAGUGCUGGUGGUUGUAGCGCUGAAGAAACUUUGUCGUAUUGCAUGUAGAAGAAAGCAAAAGACCGAGUGAGGUUACCCUGUUUUGUGUUGGGAUAUGGUUUUUUAUGUUCUUUAGAAUUAAUUUAAUUUAUGUCCCAGAGUUAAUCCAUGGAAUCUUUCUUCCAGUAUUCAUGAAUUUAGCAAAGGCUAUUAUGAAAAUAAGUCAGCUGUGAUAGAUGUAUUAAAUAAUAGACUUUGUGCUUUGAUAUGCACAAAAGAAUUGUAACUACCUGAUUGACUUUUCACAGGGAAAGGAGGGGACAUAAGAGAGUAACUUGACCAGAAGUAUAAGAGAAAACAGUGUACUGGAAUUUAUAGAAAUCGAAGUUGAUACCGCCACGAUGGAGCCUCCCACAAUGGAAUGUGUGGUAUUGUUCCUCCAUUUUGUGUGUAACCUCAGGCAGUCAUGGCAAACAUGUCAGUGUGGGAAUGGGAACAUGGGAAUUACAGUCUACUGGUCGGUCAGUGGCAAAUCAAACCUGUUAUAGUGAAUGGCAAGAAAAUGCUCAACAAAGCAAGCUCCUAAUCUCCAUUGAGUCUCACUGCUGUAGUGCAAGCUGCACCAGAUAAAAUAAGGUUCUCGAAUGUAUUCAUAUGAUUUCCAUUCCCCUUUUGGUCACUUUACCCCUUCCCUUCCCCUCGCUGCCCUCAUGAACUGUCCAUCACCUAAACUGCCCCACAACCCCACCCUCCCCGGUUCCCCACCCCCUUUUUUUUCACUUUGUGACCUGUUGGUCUCUCCCAUCUGAUGCCACCUUCAUCCCUUUGCCUGCUCCACCAAUCACCUGUGAGUUACUGACAUCACUCCCUUUCUCUCACAACUCCCACGUUCCUGCAAACGUUCCCAGCACUUUUAGUGUGUGUUGCUCAAGAUUUCCCCCAUUUGCAGAAACUCUUGUGUCCACCUGGAGAUGAUAACUUUAAGUAAUAGGGUUAUAUUUCCACAUGAGUAAAAGCACAUUCUGCCAGCUACAUUUUCUGAUCAAUAACCGUGGGCACUAUUACGGAAGUAACAGAUUGCAGCUCGGAUAAAAGGGUAUUGAUUACAAAUGGACAGAUACAAUGCAAUUUCCAAGUAGGUUUUUCUGCAUUUCUAUUGACUGAUUAAUCUUGCAUUGUGCAAUCUCUUUGUUCAUUAUAUAUGUUUGAAUGUUUCUUAGAUACAUACAUUAGCAUCAGGCUCCAUUGUACACUGUUGUGACCUCUAUGUAAUCUCAAUGAGGUACAAUAAUGUAUUUUUAUUAGUAAAAGAUUUAUAACUAUUUAAGCUGAUCUGUGAAUGAAGAAAUAUUCUUUUGAAAUGUAUUUGAUUUUAUCGACUUUUCAUUUCUGUCAUGUUAAUUUUACCACUCAUGAAUCCAAACAGCAGUUUGGUCUAAAAAUUAUGCAAGAAAAGUCAAAGUUUAGUGUCAAGUAAAUCUUUGAUGUUGAUUGCAGUACAGAAUAAAUAGUUUUCAAUGUGCAGGAAAAAUGUAUUUACACAUAUUGUCUGCAGACAAGUGGGCAGCAAUAUCAAGCGAUCUGAAAAGGAAUGGUCUGAAGGUUCCCCAAACCUGUUGAGUCACUCAGAUUCCAUCAAUGUAUUGCAUGCAUUAACCUUAACAUGUUUGCUCAACAACAAUCUAUCAAUGUUCAUCAACCA